AUGUUUACCUGGUGGAAAGAACUAAGCUUGAUACAGAAGAUGAACAGUAUAUUGCUCAGUACUGGACAUGUUACUGAAAGGGUAUUUAAUGUAUCACAAUUAACUGUGCUUUCAUGUGUAUUAUUGCAGCCAUACCGGGGCUUUAUUAAAGGAGCAUUAUACUUUAUUUUUGAUUGGUUAAACUUGAUCCGUAGUGAAUCUUGCCAAAGACAAAUGCAGAUCUGGUUAUUUGUAUUUUAAUAUUCUGCAGACAAUGAAGAGGCUUAACAGAGCAGGUGUAACAAUGACCAGGGAAACCUACAGGGGCAUCAUGGAUGACAUUGGGUCUGACUUAACAGGUAGAUGA